CCCAUCAGCCACCUCCACCCUUCUCCCAGCUCCAUCCAGCCCCCCGACCUCUCAGCUCAUGUGAGGGGCCAGCUCCCCAGCCCUGGCUCCCCAGCGGCACCCCCUUCCCCUCCUUCCCCUCCCGCCGGAGAGAUGAGCACGCCGAGGCAGCAGCAGCCGGCUGCUGGAGGCGGCUGCAUCAUGGGUUCUGAUCGGGACCUGCAGUCCACCGCUUCCUCCAUCUCCCUGCCCUCUGUGAAGAAGGCUCCCAAGAGGCGGCGCUUCUCCCUGGCCCCUCUUUUCAGGAGACGAGGGCGAGAGUCCAAAGUAGGGCGCCCGAGGUCCCGAGAACUGCAGCACCCUGGACCCGGAGGCCUGGCGGGCGUGGAGGGCAUCGCCAGCAUCGAGAGCAUCCACUCAGAGAUCUGUAACGAUAAGAGUUCUGCCUUCUUCUCAGCGGCUGCCUCUGGAUCUGCCUCCGCUGCCGCUGCCUCCACCUCAUCUGCCUCAGGGCCUUCUUCCUGCUCCUCUUCCUCCUCCAAGGUGGGGGUUGGAGCGGGGGCAGAGCUGUUCGAGUGCCCCCUGUGCCUUCUGCGCCACUCGAGGGAGAACUUCCCCGACAUCAUGACCUGCCACCACCGCUCCUGCAUAGAUUGCCUGCGCCAGUACCUCCGGAUCGAGAUCUCAGAGUCACGUGUCAACAUAAGCUGCCCCGAGUGCUCGGAACGCUUCAACCCACACGAUAUCUGCAUGAUCCUGGGGGACCGGGUGCUCAUGGAGAAGUAUGAGGAGUUCAUGCUGAGGAGGUGGCUGGUGGCCGACCCUGACUGCCGCUGGUGCCCUGCGCCGGAUUGCGGAUAUGCAGUAAUAGCCUUUGGGUGUGCCAGCUGUCCCAAGAUCACGUGUGGACGGGAGGGCUGUGGUACCGAGUUCUGUUACCACUGUAAGCAGCUGUGGCAUCCCAACCAGACCUGCGAUGCGGCGCGGCAGCAGCGAGCCCAGAGCCUCCGGCUCAGGAGCGUGCGGUCGUCCUCGCUCAGCUACAGUCAAGAGAGCGGCGCUGCAGAUGACAUCAAACCAUGUCCGCGCUGUGCUGCUUACAUCAUCAAAAUGAAUGACGGCAGCUGUAACCACAUGACCUGUGCCGUGUGUGGCUGUGAGUUCUGCUGGCUCUGCAUGAAGGAGAUCUCAGACUUGCACUACUUGAGUCCAUCAGGCUGCACUUUCUGGGGGAAGAAGCCGUGGAGCAGGAAGAAGAAGAUUCUGUGGCAGCUGGGAACGCUGGUGGGAGCCCCCGUCGGCAUCGCGCUCAUCGCCGGCAUCGCCAUCCCCGCCAUGAUCAUCGGCAUCCCUGUGUAUGUGGGAAGGAAGAUCCAUAACCGCUACGAAGGCAAGGAUAUUUCCAACCACAAAAGGAACAUGGUGAUCGCAGGGGGGGUGACUCUGUCCGUCAUCGUGUCCCCAGUCGUGGCUGCAGUCACUGUCGGCAUUGGAGUUCCCAUCAUGCUGGCGUACGUGUACGGAGUGGUGCCCAUCUCCCUGUGCCGCAGCGGGGGCUGUGGUGUUUCAGCCGGGAACGGGAAAGGAGUACGCAUAGAGUUUGAUGACGAGAACGAGCUGAAUGUCGGGAGUGGGGCGACGGCUACUGACACGACGUCCGUUGCAGACACCAGGAACAACCCGAGUCUGUGUGACGGCAGCGUGGGGGGGAUGACGGGCAGCCUGAGCGCCAGCGGCAGCCACAUGGACCACCUGGGGGCGACCAGGGACAACCUGAGUGAGACGGCCUCCACCACAGCCCUGGCCGGGGCCAGCAUCACCGGCAGCCUCUCCGGCAGCGCCAUGGUCAACUACCUGAACAGGCUGGAGGUGCAGGCUGAUGUGCAGAAGGAGCGCUGCAGUCUCAGCGGCGAGUCCGGCACGGUCAGCCUGGGGACCAUUAGCGACAACGCUAGCACCAAAGCCAUGGCUGGAUCCAUCCUGAACGCUUACAUGCCUCUAGACAGAGAUGGAAACAGCAUGGAGGUCCAAGUGGACAUCGAGUCCAAGCCGGGCAAGCGGCGGCACCACAGCGGCAGCAGCAGCGUGGACGACGGCAGCCAGGCGGGCCGCUGCGGCUGGAUGUGUCCGUCCAGCGGCUGCACCUCGCUAGAGGGCAAAGGAACCUCCACCAAGUGGGCCAAAGAGGGCUGCUGCCCCUGCUCCUCCGGCCUGGCGGGCAAGAAGAGCAAAGGCAAGCUGCGUAAGAAAGGAGGAGCCGGCGGGGGGGGCACCAGGAUCAACGAGACGCGGGAGGACAUGGACGCCCAGCUCCUGGAGCAGCGCAGCACCAACUCCUCAGAGUUCGACUCGCCCUCGCUGAGCGGCAGCCUGCCCUCCGUGGCCGACUCCCACUCCAGCCACUUCUCCGAGUUCAGCUCCUCGGACCUGGAGAGCAUGAAGACGUCGUGCAGCCACGGCUCCGGCGGAGACGCCUACCACCUGCGCUUCGCCACCGUCAGCCCCUUACCGGAGGUGGAGAACGACCGGCUGGAGACGUGCCCCGCCUCCUCCUCCUCCUCCUCCCAGGGACAGAGAGCUGUGAUCUCCCCCCACUCCCCCACCUCCAAUGCCUCCUCCCUCAGUAACGGGGCAGAGCUGUCCUCUCUCUGCUUCAUCACCGAGGAGAACGUGAACCUGGUGUGUCCCGCUGAGCUGGACUCUCUCAGCAACACCGGAGAGCUGCUAAAGGAAACCAACAACAACCAACCACCGCCAGCCCAAACCCAAACCCAGCAGCAGUUCAAGAGCUCCUGCAUACAGACAGAUAUAUGACCCUCAAUACCCCAAGUGCUGCACACUCUUCAUUUACCUUGCAUUCUUCCUCCAAAACUAACAUCACUGCUUGCAGAUUAAUCAGCAUUUUCAGUUAUCGUCUGAUGAAGAGGGCCGUUUUCUAGGGGAGAAAAACCUCUGAGGGAAACAGAUCCGUGUCCACCGGCUAUUCAGCAGCCUCUAAAGUGCAACCUGUUCACAAAUGUUGAGUUAGUGUUUCACCUUCUUGAAACUCUCAUUAGCCACUUUUAUCAGAAAUCAGGCCACGGAUGUGGUCGCUGGUACCGAUCUCUGUAGGCUGAAAUAAAACCACUGCACUCGUUUCUCCGGAUUAGAUCUUUACAUGAACGCAGCAGCAGCACACAACAAUCUUACUCAUGCUCUGGAAACCAGGCAGUGACUCACUAUUUCCUUCCUUUUAAUUUUCCCAAAAUGUACUAGCAACAGGGGAACCUCUGUGUUCCAGUCUAUAUUUAUUCUCUCCCUCUCAGACUUUUAUUUGUUUGAAACAAACCCUGGUGUAUAAUUCUGUGGCCUGGAAUCUCUCUCCUGAAUUAUUUUAGCACUACAAUUGAUCUUAAUAUAACCCUAAAAUCUUUAUCUGUGGACACACGCGUAACUGUAGUCCGAUUCCCAGCGGUGCUCGAGUGCCCUUUUGCAGCUUGAUGAAUACUGAGUUUAUACUUGUAGCUUCACAGACAAGUGUGCGUUUUAGUGCCAAGAUGACUUAAAAGGCCUGGUGAGCUCUGAGGAAAUCCUGCAGUCUUCAGUGUGAGUGAGAGGAUUAGAGAACCGGUCUCUGGAAGGCCAUAGUUGUUGGGAUAAGGAACUAGGGGGCUGGUUAAUUCUGUGUAACUGUACAAAGAAAAAAUGUUUUUGUCCUGUUUUUACAGGUGAUUUAACAAAGGGUGAUGGUUCUGCCUCACUUGGAGGGGGCUUUGAUAUCAUUGUUAACUCAUGGUGCCUUCAAAAAAAGCUGUUUUUGUCUGUCUCCACUGUUUCUUUGAGACUGCAAAACAACAACGAACUCAUAGAUAGCAGAAUGUUUGUCUGUCAGUCAGCGCGACGCUUCUUCUCACACACAAACGUACUGUGGUAGACGUGGUAAAAGAAGACUCUUCAACUGCCUACCAAAGACAGCACUCAGGCUCUUGUUCUCUCUUUUACUGUUCAGUCGUCUGCUGUACUCAGAAUUGUGCCUCCUUUUUACAACGCGGGGAAGAAAUGAGGACGAGACGGUGAAUCAUACAGACAGCUGCGGCUCCAUACGUGCUUCGUGAAAACCCCCAGGCUGCACAACGGCCCGACGGCGCCCGCACUGUUAUCUGUAUUUAUAUUAUAUUCAUGUUCUGCAAAUGGUUCAUAGGGGUUCUUAGUUUCUUUUGGGUUUACUUUUUUCAAUUGAUUUUUCCUGUGAUUCCUGUUUCUGUUGCCAAACGGUGCUGCUGAGCAGACUAGAAGCCAGAUUGUUGGUUUUUUUUUUAAACUUCAGUGUUUGCUUUCGCCUGUGUUUACUGCUCUGCGGUCGUCUUUGAAGCCACUGACUUGGCUCAGGUCGGUCUCUACCAGCGGUGGUUUCUGACGUCGGCCCGUCACUGAAUGAACACUUAGUUUGCCUCUGUGGAUAAAACCUCAUCCUGCAGUUUCCCCGGAUCAGAGCAGAACAUUGUUUUGUUCUUCCUCCUCUUGUUCUGCUUCCCGGCUUCACCAAAACUUCACUUUAUUGGAUCUGAUUAACACUAGUGCCAGAUUUAAUUUGUGCAGAAUAGCAUAAGGUAUUUGUAUAUUUGUUUGGUAAUUUGCUUUAUUAUAUGCGUGUAAAUGCAUAUCAGAAAAUAAAAAUAUAUGAAAUGUCUUUUUCUUUUAAGUUAUUG